AUGCUGCUCAACCGUGCAAGGCAAGCAACGACCACACGGGAGCCCGAUAAGGAAGACCGUGUAAGCAAUAAGGAGCGGCCUGGGAGGCCUCCUAUGGGCCGACAGCUACCCCACACUAAUCCGACUACACUAAAGCGACGGAAGCCGCGGAAACAACACUACCGGCUGAGACAGCGAGCCGCGGACAGACGCCCUGCCCACCGCUGCCGUGAAAUACCGAACCCCAACAUACCACCACUUGUCCUGGGCUACAUGGAGAAACCGCCACGGCCACCUCUGAGCCGCUCCCCAGGCCGUCCGGGGCAAGGCAUCUCCCCACCAAACGAGAGAGCCGCUGCCUGGCGAGUCACCAACAUGCUGGACAGACUGGUAAACCCUGUGGGCAUAGGCUGA